AUGUCAUCCACAGACGGUAUCAUCAAACCGGACCAGAAUAAGCGCGACUUUCGCACUCGCGAACAAAGUCCUGGUCCUGAUGAAGAGAAUGCCAAUGAGACCAGGGUCCAGAAUCAACAAGUUGCCUCUCUAGGCACCAAAAAGGCAUUAUGGGCCUAUCUAAUCUUGUGCUUUUCGACGGGCCCAACCAGUUCAAUGGCCUUCAACUAUGUCUCGGCCGCCAUCCAGUCUGCUGCGAAUACCGUCGGCCACCAACCGGGAUCGAACAAGCCCUGCGCUCGCCGAGGAAAUAUUAAAUGCCUGGUGAAGUUCGGGGCUGGUGAGAUCGACUAUGUUAGCUAUGUGUACGUCCUUCCUAAUGGCAUCCUGGGAACGAUCACUGAACGAAUUAGGCUCUAUCUUCGCUCAAUAGGCCGCGCGAUGGAGGGUGUUAUUACUAUCAUCACUGCAGGGGUGGCGGACUAUUCUCGCUAUCGCAAAACAAUGAUGCUAUGUUCAAUCCUUCUUUUUGGAGCGCUGGCGCUACCCUUCGCUGGCUUGACUGGGGCCGACUAUACUCACCUCAACGCACUCGCGACCUUGUACUGCUUGCUCACGACCGUUCAAGGUGUAUAUACUGUGAUCGAGGCAUCGUACAUUCCCAUAUUCAUGCGCUCGGUAGGUGGAUUACAUUCAGCGUCACCUGCGUCUGAUCUAGACACAAAGCGCACGUGGAAAAAGGGCUUCACGGUGAGCGUUCUGGCCCUAGUUGCGAGUAACGUCGGUGGCAUCGUUUCUCUGCUCAUUGGUGUCAUUCUCGUGUACGGGAUCGGGUCUUAUGUCAAGGUGGGCUACUUCAGUUACCUCCUUGCCAUUACCAUAGCCGGCUGCAUUACCAUUACUUUUGCGACCAUUGGUCAGUUCCUGCUUCCUUCUGUCCCCGGAAAGGAACGGCCCAAGGGGCGGAAUCUCUUGGUUCUGGCCGUCAAGGGCUGGAUACGCAUGAUUGCCUCUGCACGCCGAUAUCCCGAAGCAUUCAAAUUCUGCAUUGGCUGGAUUCUGUGGAACACCGGCUACAGCAAUUACCUUGGACUGAUGCAGUCGCUUUUCCUCGAAGUCACCGGCAUCGCCAGAGGGUCGGGCGUUUACCAAGUCUGGUCCUUCACCAACGUGAUCUUCGCCUGCAUGGGUAGCUUGAGCUUCCUCUUUAUCUACCCGCAUGUCCGUAUUCCUAUUAAGAGCUGGGCGUACGUCUUCUUGAGUGUCAACUUUCUCUGUGCGCUGUGGGGAUGUAUUGGGAUCAGCAACGACGUUACCAUCGGGUAUAAACACGCCGCAGAGUUUUGGGUGGAGCAGGUGCUCUUCAUGAGUACCAGUAGUGCCUUGCGAUCCUAUAACCGAACGGUCUUUGCCUCUCUCAUCCCAUGCGGAUCUGAAGCACAGUUCUUUGGUAUGGAAAUCACGCUGGACCUUGCCACUGGUUGGAUUAAUCCACUGGUGCAGGGUGUGAUUCAAGAUCAUAUGCACAAUCUACGGUUUCCUAUGAUUCCGAACGUGCUGCUUAUCUUUGUUGCCUUCCUGCUGUAUAUCUGGGUGGAUAUCCCGAAGGGGAUUGAGGAUGCAAAGGUGCCGCUGGAUGCGGCUAGGGAGGACAACUGA